AUGGCUUCCGGAAAGGCGCAGGACGCCAUUGCGUCGGUCGAACCCACGACGCAAGCCCCUCCGGCCGACUCGCAACCCCGACAAAGCUCGGCCAGUUCGGUUGCGAAGAUCGUCCAGAAUGCAAAAGCCGCUACCGACAAGGAGCAGCGGAUGACCCUGUUACAGGGCAUCAAGCUCUACCCCAAGGCCGUUGCGUGGAGCGUUCUGAUCUCGACUUGCAUUGCCAUGGAAGGUUACGAUAUCAGCUUGGUCAACAAUUUCUACGCAUUCCCCCCGUUCAACCGGAAGUAUGGUGAACUACUGCCCGAUGGAUCCUACCAAGUCCCGGCUCGCUGGCAAGCAGGUUUAAGCAACGGCGCCUAUGUCGGAGAAAUUAUCGGUCUCUUGUUUAAUGGUUGGGCUUCGGAACGGUUCGGAUAUCGCUACACCAUCAUGGCCUGUUUGGUUCUCCUCACCGCCUGGAUCGCCAUCUUUUUCACCGCCCCCAACGUCCAGGCCCUCCUGGCCGCCGAAAUCCUCGCCGGUAUUCCCUGGGGCGUCUUCCAAACGCUGACCAUCACCUAUGCCUCCGAAGUUUGCCCCGUGGCGCUGCGUGGCUAUCUCACCACCUACGUCAACUUCUGCUGGGGUCUUGGUCAGUUGAUUGGUGUCGGCGUGAUCAAGUCCAUGAUCAACCGCGACGACCAGUGGGCCUACCGAAUCCCCUACGGUCUGCAAUGGAUGUGGCCGCUGCCCUUGUUCAUCGGCAUCUUAAUGGCGCCGGAAUCGCCAUGGUGGCUCGUGCGACGAGGCCGCACGGAGGACGCCAAAAAGGCCUUGCUCCGCUUGACCAGCGUCAACCGCGACACAGACUUUGACGCCGACGAGACCAUCGCCAUGAUGGUGCACACCACCGCGUUGGAGAAGCAGAUCACGACCGGCGCGAGCUACUGGGACUGCUUCAAGGGCACCGACAGGCGGCGCACUGAGAUCGUCUGCAUGGUCUGGGCGAUCCAGAACCUCAGCGGCAACUCCUUCUCCAACUACUCGACCUACUUCCUCGAGCAGGCCGGCCUCGACGCCAGCAAGGCCUACGCCUUUGCCAUGGGCCAGUAUGGCAUCAACAUGGUCGGCGUGUUCGGCGCCUGGUUCCUCAUGACCGUGGGCCUGGGCCGCCGCACCCUGUACCUCUACGGACUGUGCGGGCUCUGCGUCAUGCUGCUCGUCAUGGGCUUCCUGGGCCUGGUGCCGCACGCCCACCGCGACCAGGCCUCCCUCGCCACCGGCUCCAUGAUGAUCGUCUGGGCUCUGUUCUACCAGCUGAGCGUCGGCACCGUGGCGUACUCGCUCGUCGCCGAGCUCUCCACGCGCCGCCUGCAGAUCAAGACCGUCGUCCUCGGCCGCUGCCUGUACAACGUCGUCGCCAUUAUCUGCGGCGUCUUGACCCCGUACAUGCUCAACCCCGGCGCCUGGAACUGGGGCAACUACGCCGGUUUCUUCUGGGGCGGCAUCUGCUUCCUCUGCAUUGUAUAUACGUUCUUCCGCGUGCCGGAACCCAAGGGGCGCACCUUUGCCGAGCUGGACCUGCUCUUCGAGCGCAAGGUCAGCGCUCGCAAGUUUGCGGACACGCAGGUCGAUGUCUUCGAUGAGACCAUCGAGAGCAGCGCCUUCCAGCAGUAUCAGUCCCAGAAGCCGGCUGUGAUGGAUGCGUCGCAGUCGGAGAAGGUGCAAUAUUCAUGA